GUUUACUCAGAACUCAGUUUAACCUCACUGAGCAAUGAUCAUCUCUGAACCCAGUUUAGACUGAUGAUGGUAGUUCCUCUUCUCUCUUUUAGCAGAUUUCGUCAUAAUUGUAUUCUGCUUUGGUCUCAGCAUCUCAACAGCAGAAGCAGAAGCUAUUGAGGAUCUGGACACUCGUGCUAGACUUUAUGAGUCUCUACACAUGAAGUCAAGGUGUUGCUGGAUCAUGUUUAUGAAUUUUUCCUGAGGGGCUGAUGAUGAGAAACAGAAGGGAAGACUGACAGAAACAAAAUGUCUGAUAAGUGUGAUUUGUGUCUGCUGGGACUGAUCAUUCUCUGCUUACUUCUCACAGGUAUGAUUGGAGCAGAAGUGACUGAAGUGUUCAUCAGUUCUGGAGAAAAUGUCCGUCUGUCCUGUAAUAAUGCUCUUUCUGACUGCAACUCAACUUCAUGGAUCUAUGGCACACAUUCACCAGCAGUUGAAGUGAUUUUUUUAGGGAUAAAGAAGAAAAACACAGGGAGUUAUGAGAGACUGAGUCUGGGGUCUGACUGCUCUCUGAACAUCAAGAACGUCACAAAAGAUGAUUAUGGAUUUUACAGCUGCCGACAGUUUGUUAAUGACAAACAACAAGGAAAUGAUGCACGUGUUUUUCUGCAUGUUCUUCAUGUUUCAGUGUCUCCAUCAUCAUCAUCAUCAUCAUCAUCAUCCUCACAGACUGAGAUCAGUCCAGGUCGCUCUGUGACUCUCUCCUGUCAGUUGUAUUCUGGAUUCUCCUGUGAUUAUUGGGUUCGUUUUGAGAAACUUCAGCUGUCUUGGGUGAAUCAGGCUGGUGUUAAUCUGAUGACGGACUCCAGAUAUCAGAUAUUAUUCUCAUCAGAUCACUGUAUCAUCACUCUGACUACAACACUCCUGAAUGAAGAUGACAACAGAGAGUGGAGAUGUCAGCUUACUCUCAGAAAUCAACUCCAGACCUCAGUCAGAUACACUGUGAAGAAUUCAGGUAUGAAUCAUCUGAAUAAACAUCAUUUCUUAACAGCUCAAGAUGAUUCAACGACAGCAGUGAUUCCAGUCCACAUCACAAACUCUCAGGAUCCUUCAACUAUAAACACACCAGAAACUAAAGAUCCAGCUGACACAGCAUCAGAAACUGUCAUCUGUGUGACUGCUAGAACAUUAUACAGAGUGAUUGUGACCAUUGUUGAGAUGGCAGUGUUUGCUGCUCCUACUGUGAUUCUUCUUCAGAUCAUCUGGGCAAGAAGAGCUGGAAAGAAGGACUCGCAGCACCCAGUGGAAAGAGCGAUGCCUACAGUAUUACAAUAAAAUACUGCUGAGUUUGAGUGAAUCUGCAACAAUAUUUUAAAUAGCAAAGACUUAAAGAAAGUUGUUCAUUGUUUUAUUUUCUUCCUAGGAACAAAGGAAAAUAAAUCACCCUGAAGAAAUAGCGACACCAAGUUUAGUUUAAAAUAUAUUUCACAGUUUAAUUGAUAUUUGCAUACAGUGUUCAAGGUCAUUUUCUUAUGGUUGGUAUAUAAACUGCUUUAAAUGUAAUAUUAAGUAUAGUAAGUAUAAUAUAGUAUAGUAUAGUAUGUUUCAUGUAGCUCAGUGGUUAGAGCAUGGCACUAGCAAUGCCAAAGGUCAUAGGUUCGAUCCCAGGGAUUGCACAUACAAAUGUAUAGUAUAAUGCAAUGUAAGUCGCUUUGAAUAAAAGAGUCUGCCAAAUGCAUAAAUGUGAAUGUAAAUGUAGUAAUGGACAGAUUCAGACAGGCUGUUUAUAAAUUCUCUCUCUGUUCUGUGUGAUGGAGCAACUUUGGUGAUUCUCAUAUCUUGUCUGUUUAUUCCUGUUUUUAGCAUCUUUUUUAUUUAUUUAUUUAUUUAUUUAUUUAUUUAUUUUUUAUUUUGAAUGAUUACUAUUAAUUUUCUUAAUAAAGCCUGUGCAAUUGGAUUUAA